UCCCCUCUCCCUAGGAGGUGGAGGGAAAGGGAAAAGGCAGCUGCUGGGAGCAAGAUCAUUCACCAUGGAGGAGAACAGCACAACAAACCUCACCCUGAACAAUACACUUUAUGGAUCUAUGGACUGGGAGGAAUAUAUCACAUCUCAAUGCUUGAGCAUUCCCUACACCUUGAUUGCCUUUGCAGGGGUGUGCCUGGGGAUUUCCCUCUGUGGGCUGGCAGGGAAUGGGGUGGUCAUGUGGUUCCUGGGCUUCCACACAAAGCAGAGUCCUUUCACUGUCUACAUCCUGAAUCUGGCUGUUGCUGACUUCUCCCUGCUCCUUCUGUUUGUCCUGCUUAUGUUGGCUUUUCUGACCUUAGCAGCAUUUUGCACAUCUUUGUUUCAUCUUGCUCCUCUCUACGUAGAUUUUGUGUUUGUGGUGGAACUCCUGUGCCACCUGUUUGACCUGAGCAGCCUGGGGCUGCUGGCAGCCCUCAGCGUGGAGCGCUGCGUCUCCGUCCUCUGCCCCAUCUGGUACCGCUGCCACCGCCCCCGGCACCUCUCGGGCGUCGUCAGCGGGGCCCUCUGGGCCCUCGCAGGGGGUUUUGUGUCCUCCCUCUACCUCACCUACACCUACACCGAAGACUCUGUGAACAUCCUUGCAGGUGUAGCCCUCGCCAUUUCCGUGUUUUUUUCCCUCAUGAUGUUGGUUUCCAACCUGUUCCUGUUCCUCAGGCUGCGCUGUGGCUCCCGGAGGCGGCAGCCGGGGAAGCUCUUUGUGGCCAUCCUGCUCAACAUCCUGCUGUUCUUCUUUGCCUUUGGCAUCCCUUUCUGCAUGGAGGUUUUCCUCCAUCUCCCUGAUUCUGGUGCUUUAUUCCCAGAAGACCCCUCCUUGUUGCUGGCAUUUCUGGACUGCUCCCUCAACCCAGUGAUUUACGUGCUGGUGGGGAGCUGCCGGCGGCGUCGCUUCCAGCGCUCCAUUAGAGUCGCUCUGCGGAGGGUGUUUGAGGAGAAAGCUCAGAGUGACGAGGGGAGCCAUGGCCCUGGGGACUCUGUGGUGGAGGUGACAGCUCUCUGAGGUGCUUCUGGACAUGAGGCACUUCUGGAGAUGUGGCACCUCAGAGAGAGCCUGAACUAUGUGGAGACAAGGGCACUCCAUGCAGCGUAACCCAGCUCAGUCCUGUUCCUCACCUGUAUUUAUUCCCCAUGGAAUUACCCUCACUGCCCCAUCCAUUGGGAAUAAACUCUGUUGAUGAA